UCAUUGAUGAACAUCCCGACGGCUAGCUGCCGCAACUGCUCCAUCUCUCAAACUUCCAAGUCUCUGCUUCAUUAGUGUAGUUCUUACCCUUUCAGCUUGUUCUUUUAGUAGAAAGAGAGCCACAUCAUGCGCGUCUCAUUACCGUUCGCGCUGAACUUGCUAGGUGCUACAUUCGCUCAAAGUGCAUCAUCAUCAGGCAGCAGUGCCAGCGGUGACCGCUCGAGCGGUUCUUCGAUCGCAAGCUCACGCUCAAGUGGUAUAUCGGGAUCUUCUCUGAGUCGUUCAGCCAGUGCUUCCAGUUUUGCCGACUCCAGUUCAAGGGGAUUGUCGUCCGUUUCACAAAGCGUCGGGCCCGGUGCGUUCCCUGUGCCAACAAGUAGCAGCAGCAUUGCUUCUUCUUCUGCAAUCAAAUCGACGUCGACUAGCACAAGCAUCAUUCUGAUUGCAGUGACGCCUGAUGGUACGGAUGCUGCGUCAACGGCGGCUGUCGUUCAACAAGUCGUGGUUAUCAUUGACGGUCUCAGCCAAACUACACAGACAAGUCUGUUCACUAGAAGAACAACUGUAACGCCCGAGCUUUCAACAAUCACGGAGACAGAGGAUAGCGCAACAAGCACGCCUGCGCCGACUUUUGCACAACCCACUAAUGGCGGAGUGUUGUCCACGUCUUCUGUCGUCGUUGUUAUUGACGGCCAGGGAAAUAUUGUAGUCGGCCCGGAUGGACAGACAAUGACACGGGAAAGGCGGACGUCAACGAGGCAAAUUGUGGUAACUGUGUUUCCAUCUUCUACGGCAGCAGCAGGUGCAGCAGGCGGGCCCCAACUGGUGACGGGAAAUUUAGGCACGGCAAGAUAUGGCUCAAUCAGCGGCAUACUCUGUCUAUUGGGCUUGCUGCCUCUUGCGGUUGUGGUGUUUUAGAGCAUGAUUGCUGGCGGCGACAUCCUCAAUUUUGAUUUUGUUGACGUUCGCGACUUUUUAGUCCUUUUUGUAGACUAAAGAAGCACACCUUUGCCCAUA